UUGGCUGGAUGUAUCUCGCGUACCGCCACAGCACCUCUUGACAGAAUCAAGGUUGUUUGGCAGGCAUUGGGUGGAAAGGCAGUUCAGAGUGGUGUACUUGGCUCCUUGAGGAAGAUGCUUAAUGAAGGUGGCUUCACUUCUUUGUGGCGCGGCAAUGGCAUAAAUUGUAUCAAGAUAGCUCCAGAGACAGCCCUGAAAUUUCAGACCUAUGAGGCUAUAAAAAAGCUUAUCUGUGCUGAUCGGGUUUCCGGAGGUCAUCUGUAUGAAUUCACCUUAUCAGAGAAAUUUGUUGCAGGUGCAUUGGCCGGAGCUUUCUCGCAAAGUAUUAUAUAUCCUAUGGAGGCUAGUUUACAGAAAUUUUUCUGA